UUGUGUAUAAAUUUAAGUCACACAAAUGAAGUGUCAGGUACAGUAUUGUUUUCUUUUACCCCACAGAAGAUAAUGUCUAAGCUAGUCAUCACUGGUGUAAUCUUGUUGAAUGGCAGUGAUGAUGGUAAUCUAACACCACAGCUAAUGUACCUUUUGUUUAUCAGUUUAUUCUCUGGGUUGCAGCCCACUAUCAGGCCAUGGCCUCCCCCACUGCCAUGAAACCCUUCAGCACAGAGGAGACCCAGAGGAUUCUGCAUCAUCUGCAGCAGCCGGCAGUUUUCAUGAACAUGACCUGUGACUGGCCCGCUCUCCACUGGACUGCAGAGCAGCUGUCUGUCUGCCUCAGUGACAAACUGAUCCGGUUUAGACUCGGGAGAAGAGAGGAGACGAACACACCUCUGUUUGAAACCCAGUGUUCCUAUGUGGAGGCAAGCCUUGUGCACUUUCUCAGCUGGACCUGUGGUCAGUCUGGGCCAGAUGUUGGGCCAUUCUCUGAAUUCUCCUACUCUGAGUAUUGGGCUUAUGCUGACUACAAAUACAUUGCCAUGCUGUUUCAAGAUCAGCCGUCCAUGUUUGAGGAUGUAAGGUGGCCUGACUUUGGCUUUGAGGGACGUGAUGGGAGAGAGAGCACCCUGUGGAUCGGCACGGAAGGAGCAAACACACCGUGCCACCAAGACUCCUACGGCUGUAACCUGGUACUGCAGGUGCAAGGACGUAAACAGUGGUACCUCUUCCCUCCAGAUGACGCCUCUAAACUCUACCCAACCAGGAUUCCCUAUGAGGAGUCUAGUGUCUUCAGUCAGGUGGAUGUGCUCCGUCCAGACCCAAGGAAGUUCCCAGACUUUCAGAAAGCCAGGGUCCACACGGUCACUCUGCAGCCAGGACAGGUGCUUUUUGUUCCCAGACACUGGUGGCACUAUGUGGAGUCAGUGGAUCCCAUCACCGUCAGUAUCAACUCUUGGAUUGAGCUGGAAGCUGACGAUGUGGCGAGAGUUAGUGAAGCGGUGACCAAGGCUGUCGUCUGCGCAAUGAAAGGUUGCCCCAGUGAUGACAACAGAGACGACUGGCUCAAUCCCACAGAGGAAGGAGUAACCUCACAUAAUGAGAACAUGCAGUACUUGAACUUGGCAAUUAGAGCUUGUGCGCAAAGACAGACGGAUCUCCACUGCAGCACGCUGACCCUUGACCCAAGAGACUCCCGUCCGGCUAAACGGGACUCUGGUGGACAGAUUAGAAAACCCUGUGUUUGGAAGAGGGAUCCUGCACCAUUCACCAUCCCCUUUGGGCCACAUCUCAUCUCUGUGUGCUGUCAGCGACGGGACUCGACUGAAACGAGGGACAUGACCCCAAAAGAUCUGGAGGUCAAACCCUCCAGGAAAUGGGCAGGCGAACCUCAAGAGGACGAACAGAGAACGGAGCCUGCAUCUGCGGUCAGACUCCACCGGGGAAAAGACGAAUGCAGCUCUGGUUUGACUCAGUGUGUAGCAUGCGAUCGUGCAGAUGGGAUGUCAGAGAACUCUUCUGAGGAUUGUGAGGAAUCGAGAGAUUCGAUAAUAACCACUAAUGACCUGCUCGACUGCCUGGUGCAUCCUGAUGUCAUCGCCACCGUUACUGGGCUUUUAUUAGCAAGACACACAAGGAGUCACAGGACCACUGCUGCGUCCUAGCUCCGAUAUUUGUCCACAAAGGGCAAGUCUUACUAGACUUUACAGUGAUUUACAGCUACAGAUCUUUCUCUGCAGAGAUCUGUCCUCCAACCCUGACUGUAAUAGUUUAGUGUGACGGGGGAAAGCUCGAGAACGACGUAGGGCUACACCCAUCGCCUUUAUUUCAUACGAUCCCUUUUUUUUAUUACUCGAGAAAUCAUUGAGGGGUGACUAUGAUUUACAGCGAUAUCAAGUAAAAGACACAGACACAAAAGAGGAAUAAAACCAGUACAAGCAGAGAAUUGAAUGCAUUAAAAACCUUUGGGUUGUAGCAAUUCGUAUAUAUUGUUCUAUGACCGUAAGAGAAAUAUAAUCCCGAGUAAGAAACAUGUAAAAUAAAGGCAGUUGGAUGAACAGGUCUGAUUGAUAAAGUAAUAUUGAUAAGGAAUCUGGUGUUUUACCAAUCAGAGCCUUGUAAAUGAAUAAACACCCAUGAAAGAGAUGUCCAGGCACCGUUAUUGUCAAAAUGCAUUCAUCAUGUUCCUCCUGAGAUUCACAACAGAUGCAGGAUGUCACAACAAAAACUAAUUGUAAUGCAAUAUGGAGGGGCUCUAACAUUUCCUUGUUUUGUUGACCCACACAGACUAAUCCUGUUUGACUCUUGCAGAGGAAGAAAAAUGAUGACUUAAAUCAAUUUGGUAUGCUAAUAAGACAAAUAAUACAAGAUGAUAUUCAUGGGAUGUGAACAUUUGUUCCCCGCAUAAUGCUUCAUUCUGUCGUUUAGUGACGACGACUGUCACUGAACAGCAGACGGCAGAGCGUGACGGUUCCGUGAUUGAUGGAAGCUGCGUAUGAAGUGAUGAAUGAGGGGUUUGUCUGAAUACGCAUCUCAGUCAAGAGAACAGGAAGUGCUGUGCAUCGACUGCAAAUAGAAUAAAUGUAAUAUGAUUGUCUUCAACAAAGUUAAAUGUCAUUUCCUGUCCUUUUCUUUCCAAUGACAUACAUUUUUAUUUUCACAAACCUGGCCGUAGACAGUGACACAGUGUUGUUGUUGUUGUUGUUAAAAAAAAUAAGAAUGCACACAUUUCAGUCUUCAGUUCUUUUUCUGAAAGCACAUAAACACAUUUUCAGCAACACAUCAGUCUAUUUAAAGACCUUCGGAAGGAGCAGCAUCAUUUUACAUGGAGCAAAAACAGUUUAACAUUUUAAGACCAAACCGAUGGUGUUAUGUUUUAGUGCAUCAAUACAUCGCACAUACAAUACAUGUCAAUCAUAGACUCUUCUAUUUCAGUAAACCUGUACGACAGUGAACUGGUACGAACAAUACUAAGAGCAUGAAGCAGUUGAAUGUUAGCCAUUUGAUUAUUUCACCUCUAAUUUUCUCAAAUUAAACAGUGAUAAAAACAGAAAUCCUCCUCAUUGGCGCUGAAUCUACAUUAUCCAAAGUUGACAGCGUUACCCCCUCAGCAUAUUUCCCUUACCCCUCCCUCCAGAAACUUCCAACUGGUCCAGAAUUCAGCUGCCCGCAUCAUCACAGCACACAUCCUACAACUCCACUGGCUCCCGGUUAAAUUCACAAUGCAAUUCAGAAUCCUCCUGUAUGCUUUCAAAGCCUCCUCCAUCCACCUUCACUGCGCCCUACGCCCACCUCAGCACCAUCCAGAACUCUGACUCCCUUCCCCUCUUUAAAAAUUCACUAUUCCCUUUUCGGUUUACUGUGUCGUCCUGUUGUUUUAUUGUUUUGUCUCAGUAAAGUGUCCUUGAGUGUUCAAAAGGCGCUUACAAAUAAAAUGCAUUAUUAUUAUUAUGAUUAUUUACACUUGUGCUUGUACUAUUAAAUAUCAAAAUCUU